AUGUGGCGGUUGAUCUUUGGCUAUGACUCUCCACAAGAGGUUAUCCGUUCCUGGCUGUGCCACGGAUCAGGCAACCUGGUAACUACUAGAAUCUUCCACACAUUCCAUAAUCCUCUUUCCAUUUAUUUACCUGUCACUAGAAAGCCAGGUUAUGGUAUAUACCAGAGCUAUAUCAUGGAAGAGCAGGGCCUCACAGAAGUUCAGAAAAAUAUUAAGGAUGGAAUCAAUAGAUUACUUUCCUCUUACCCUCACAAUCAGAAACGUAUCCGCAACUGGUGGCCGGACUUUGCACAAUCAGUGGAAUCUCUACUCAAGCAAGCAAUAGUGAAAGAUCAUCCUUGCAACAACAGCUUUAUGGACGGAAAAGCGCUAGAAGCAUUGUCUACUCCACCAAGCCUUGUUAAUAACUCUAAGAGUCUUAGAGGAACUCCGCGCGACUCACUCUAUCCUGACACCCCAUAUUUCAAGUCUCUUACUUACGCGGAGAAGCAAUCUGCAGACCAUGCAUUGAGAUUAUUCCCAGAUGACCUUAUGGGAGAUCAACGUCAGGGUUCUGGAGAAGUAUUCUGCCCGCCUCCAAACCUUAGUUCAGUGGGCAUUGAACGCUCAAUUUCGCCUGAUGAACUGGAUAGUUCUGAUGUAGAGUCCUCAGUGCUUGAUUUAGACAACUAUGCCACCAUGUUUUCACCAUGUGCAGAAGAGCCAACAAUAGACCAACGCGCUGGUCUGCCUCAGAAUAGUACUGCGCAGGAUGAUCAGCUUCUAGGCAGCAAUUCAGAUGACGCCCCGAACUGUGUGCCAGAGAAAGACCUCUGUCUGUCUCAGCUGUCAAGCGCACAUGAUCGUGAGUAUGCCAAAGGGACAUCAUCACCUGGCACUAAUCCUUCCCUGGAUGUCAAUGUCAAUAGCAGUAUUAGUGAGUUAAAUAAGAUUGACAGUCCAGCAGCAGAACAACCGUGGUCUGGAAAUAACAUUAACAGUCCGACAGCAGAUGAUGUAAUUCCUAACAAAGACUCUGCAGGUCCAUCUGAACCUCCAUCCAAUCAAUGCAAGCCAGGAAGAUCCAAAUGUCAGCGCAGCAAGAAAUGCAAUGGCAGUGGAGUAGGUUCAUAG